UUAUUUUUAUUUUUAACGUUCUGACGUUCCAGUUCGAAAUGUUUUAUAAAAGCAGGAGGUUUGCUCGUCCCGGUCCUACUGCUGCCUUUUGAAUCGUUUUGAUGUUAUCCUUGUUAAUAUUAUUAUGAAUUUUUCUUUUUGCAGCAUUGCGUGUUCGUGCGAAAAUUUGGUAGCCAUUGUUCCAGGCUUUCAUUUUUGAUUGGGAAUCCCAGAUCCUGGAGCAGUGAAUCGUCGAUACAUUCUCGAAGAUUUAGAUUUAGUGGAGUUUUGUCUACAGUAAAUUCUGGUCUCGUGUAAUCUGGCUGUGCAGACCUGGUAGUUGUUGAAGCGACUCUCGCGGUCAGCGUGGAUAUUCGAAAAUGACGCUGAUGACAUUUUUCGGUUGUGCCAUCACGGCAUUUGGACCAGCACUGUCCUUCUUCGUCAUCAUCAUCGCUCGGGAUCCUAUUAGGGUGAUCAUUGUCAUCGCCUCGGGAUUUUACUGGCUUCUGUCCCUUCUCCUGUCCUCGGGAUUGUGGAUGGCAGUGGUUCCUCUGCGGAACCAGCUGGCAUUUGGCCUAGUUUUUUCUGUCCUGCUGCAAGAACUGUUUCGUUUUGCCUUUUACAAGACCAUGAGGAAAGCUGAAAAAGGCCUUCAAAUGGUCAGUGACGAUGAAAUGUACAAAGACCACAAUGUGGCCCAGGCGCGACUCGUCCUUGCACUGGUUUCCGGUUUCGGAUAUGGCUUAAUAAGCGGUGCGUUUGCUUUGAUCAACGUGCUAGCUGAUAUUUGGGGUCCUGGAACGUUGGGAUUGUUGGGACGUGGCGAUCACUAUUUCUUUUUCACAUCCGCUUAUCUGACGAUGUGCAUAAUUUUUCUCCACACCUGCUGGAGCGUGAUUUUCUUCUACGCCUGUGAUAAGCGAAAAUAUCAUCUGAUCCUGAUGGUUGUUGUAUCGCAUAUGUUGAUCUCCUGCUUGACAUUGAUCAAUGCGCAAAAAUUGUAUGCCGCCAGCCUGGUGCCCGUAACAUUGAUAAUGCUAGCAGUUGCCGUGACGGCUUUUUUCCUCGCUGGAGGAUCCCUGCGGAACUGGCGAAGUUUAUUCAAGAGAUCAGCCAGUCGUUCCCUGACUGCGGGCACCGUGAACGGCGAUGGAAAUGCCCGUACCACGGUGAUCACUUGAAUACUUUCUAUGUAGUAAAACUGUCAGUUAAUUGUUCCGUUGUAUGUUGAUCUCGAUUGUUACAUUUUUGAAAACGUUUUAUCGUUUUUUGAUUUUACUUUCGGUAUAAUGUUUAGCAUCAUUUUUAUAUAUCCCGGCGACAAGUGCAGGCACACAGCUCUUCGUCCAGUCGUUUUAUUGGUUUUUCGGUUUCCUUAUACUACUUUCAGCCCAGCUAUUUUUGCAGUUAUUUUUUUAUAAAAAAAUAAAACAAAUUGGGUGUAUA